AUGAGUAAAUUAUAGGAAUCAAAUACAUUUGAGAAUAACAAAAAAUAUAAAAUAAAAACAGAGCGUAGUACUUUGAUGGCAUCACCAAAGAACAAAGAAUUCGAUAGCUAAGAGGAUUUGGUGAGGAGAUUGAACGAGAGUUAGAAGAGUUUAUAAAAAGAAAUAGAAAAACUACAUUUACAAGUGGAAAAUAAGGAGGACUAAAUAAGGAAACUGCAUGAUUUAGUGAAACUUCAAUAGAAGGAGAUUGAUAGAUUGACUCACAUUAAUGAAUAUUUGAUGCAGGCUAAUUAGACGAAAUUGAGCAUCUUGAGAGAUGAGAGACAAUCAAAUUAAGGAAGUAAAUCAAAUGUAAAAAUUAAGAAUCAUAAAUCAUUAAUGCCUCUUGAGAAAAAGGUUAAUAAAUAGCCAGAGGAUAACACAUAAACUAUUAAAUUAUACAGACGAUAGACAUUUCGUAAUCCAACAUUAUUGAAGUACCAUCAGGAGGAAGGAGACACAUUCAAGAGUGAGAGAAAUACAUCUGGGUCAUCUAACUUUUAUGAUAUUCUACAAUAGGAGGAUUGUUUCAGAACAAAUGCUAUUUUAAAUAUUUAACUAUCCGAUGAAGACGCAACCACUUAAUAUAAUCAAGAUGGGACUGUAUCAUUGAUGAAAGUGCUCUUGGACUCUGAAGAGAUCUUUAGUGAAAUCAUCCAAUCAAUAUCUGCUUAGAAAUUGUCAUUUCUGUUCGAUAAAUUUAAGAGAGUGAUGUCAGAUCAUCAAUAAUUGUUUAUAUUGGUGUUGAGAUUGAAGAAGAUUGUGACUGGAGCAUUGCAAAUGAACACAUCAGUCCUUCUAGAUGAUGCACUACAAAACAUCAUAGAUAAAUGUGUUGACUGUUUGGAAUGUGAUAGAGCAUCCUGUUUCAUUGUGGAUCAAGCCAAAAAGGAACUGUGGACUAGAGUAGCCAAAGGAACAUCCACUACUAUUCGACUGCAAAUGGGUCAGGGCUUGGCUGGCUUUGUGGCCUAGAAUCAUACAAUCUUGAAUAUUGAAGAUGCCUACAGAGAUUAAAGAUUUAAUACACAACAAGAUGCAAAGAACAACUACAAAACUAAGACUCUUUUGGUCUCUCCCAUUUUAGAUGGCGACAAGUGUGUUGGAGUACUUUAAUGUGUCAAUAAGUCUAACGGAUUCUUUACUAAAGAUGACGAAGCAUUACUAUAAAUAAUGGCUGAAUUUAGUAAGAGUGUUCUUAAGAAUGCUUUGAAUCAUGAUGCUUAGAUGUUGAUACAGAAUAAACUUAGGCAUAUCAUCAGAACAGGCAUCAUUCUAUAGGGUUGUCUGUUCAAAAAGGAUAGCAUAUUAGAACUAUUGCUAUCUUCUGAAGAGCGUCUUAGAUCCUUGAUGAAUGUCGAUCAAGCAAAGGUGGUCUACUGGGAGAAUUGCUUAUAUCAUAUCAAUAAGGAUGGUAAGAUGACAGAGACCCAGAAUCUUAUAGGGAUUGUGGGAAAAUGCAUUGAGGAUUCUUAAUUGGUGGCAGUAAGUAAUUGUUAUACUAGUCCCAUAUUCAAUCCGAAUAUUGACAUUGAAACAAAUAUGCCUGUGAUUUGUAUGCCUUUGAAAACACAAAGUCAUUAGAUCAUUGGGGCCAUCCAAGUUGUUAAUGUGAAGGGAAUUGGGAAUAUUUCAUCGAAUAGUGAUGCCAAAAUUAAUUCAAUCGACUUAGAUAUGUUGGAACUCUUUUGUUAGCAUUGUGCUCAAUCUUUAUUGUAGUGUAAAUUGCAUACCUAAUAAUUAUGA